UGAAUUGUGUGUUUUUAUGAAGAACAUUUUUUUUAUAAAUUACUUACUGACUUCAGAACGUUGAAAUUAUUUUUGGGACGAUGGAUCUUCGUAGACCAGAUCUCAGAGUGUAAUGAUCCUCAACUCACAUCUAACAUUAAAGUAUGGAGGACAAUGAAGGAAGUAUUUCAUAUAAAAUGUAGUAAUGAUAGAAAGUCUUGUAAAACUGUUUAGUAUAUAUAAAUCUGUCCUGUCCUCCUGGAGGUGGCGGGUCUCGUCCCGGUCUGGACUCGGCUGCCUCUGUUUCAGGCCCGGCUCCCUCGAGACCUCCUGGACGUCCUGCUGCUGAACAGGAUGUCUCUCGGUACCUUCGUGGAUGACAGCGAAUCGCUCAGCGCUAACUGGACCUCCAGAAUGCUGCGACGGGUGAUGUACGGGCUGCUGCUGGGAGACGGGGGGGAGGUGACGGAGAGAGACCGAGACGGACUAGAGCUGGUCAUCACCACUGUCAGACCCACCUUCACUGAGACCUCCAGGGACCUGGUUCUGUCCUCACUGGAUCAGGUGGAGCCCUCUCAACGUCUGCAGGUGUUGCUGGAGGCUCUUCAGGUCUCUGAGGACUCUCUGAGCCGCGUGCCGCCUCAGCUGCGCCUCCCGGUGGCCGCCACCUGCUACUGGCUGCAGAAAGCUCAGCCUCCUCCAGCAGAAGAGCUGCUGAAUGCUCUGCUGCUGGGUCUGAGUACUGGAGACCCUGUGAGACCCAGAGCAGGUAAAGACCACCUUAUGAUUAUUAUAAAUAUAUAGACACAGAACAGAUAAAGACCACCUUAUGAUUAUUA